GACUCUUUAAAUUGAAGGAGAGAAAAUUUCCAAAAAUUAAAAGUAAAAAUUUGGAUUUAUUUCAUUGUUUUCUCGAAAAGUACAUACUUUUAGGAGCCAAAAGAAUGGAUGAAUCAAACAAGGAAGCACCAGGAGAACCACACCUGAUGGAGAACCCAAUGACAACACAAAAUGAUGUUGCGAUUACAGAGGAGAAUAAAAAAGAGAGUGAGACUCAUAAUGCUCAUGUACCAAAUCAGAUAAAUAUGUGUUCACCUGCUUUAGAUGAAGCACCAAUAGAUUUAUCAAAUAAAACAGAAAGUGAGACAGUAAGCGACAAAGUUGUGGGAGAUAUCUCAAAAGAAGUUGCUACCAUUGCUAAACCAGAGGAACAAGCAAAAGAGAAUAUACCUAACUCUCCCUUGAGUACUACACCUACUCUAAACAGUCCAGGUGACUCCAAAGAUGUUACAAGUAUUGCCGAAGCUGCACCAACCUCUUCAUCUAAUGAUCUAACUACAGUAACUGAAGAUCAAACAGAUAUAACCAAGUCAAACACAUGCAAUGACAUUACAACCACAGAAAGUGAUACUGACAAUCCUGAUCUUCAACAGAAUGUAAUAGAUCAUAGUCCGGCAAAGGCUCAAGAAGUCAAACAAGAUCAUAUCAAUGAAAAAAAUGAUGAUGUUACAUCUACUGAUGUUAACUCUGUUGAAGAUGUCGAAACCCCUUCAGCACUUAAAACAUGUUCCAGUGUUGAUGCUCCUUCUGGUUCUGAAACUCCCUCUGAUGUUGAGACUCCUUCAGUGAUUGAAAGCCAGGCAAGCUCUAUUGAAUCUGAUAUAGCUGAUGAACUAUCGAAUAAAGACAGCAAUGCAGCUUCAAUUGAUGAAAAAUCGAGUGAUAUUGGAAAUGUGACACCAAACCGUAAUGUAGAUUACACACUAAACAAAGGUCAUUCUAUUGAAAUUCUUGGUACACCUGUCCAUGUCCCAGCAGAAUCCAACUCUGAGUCUUCUCAGGACUCAUUUGCAGACAUGCCGUUUAAUUCACAACCAACUAGUAUAGGAAGCCAAUCACAAGCGAAAUCACCUUCAAAUUAUAGUGAUGUAUUUAAGAAGUUCUUAGAAAGCAAUCAAGCAAAUGAUGAAAGUGAUAGUCAGGAUGCAGAUUUGGUUCAAGGAUCAGAAGACACAACUGCAACUGAUGAUGUGAAACAUGACGCAGUAAAGGCAGAUGAAACAUUACAGGAUGAUACUGUGAAAAAUGAGGCUGCCACACCAGAAGAUGCUGCAGUUAAAGAGACAUCAGAUGUGGUUGAUGAGAAAACAGAAACAGAUAAACCUGACACUAAGGAAAAGAAGAAAGCUCCUAAGAAGAAAAGACGUGGAAUCACUAUUCAUGAUGAUGAUGGUGGAAUUGGGCGAGAUGUUGGUGCAGUUGAUUUGUUUGACUACCAAUGGCCUCAAGAUGACAAACAUGCAGAGCAGUUUGUACUUCAGGAACAAGUCAGCAACUUUCUAGGCAUUCUUUCCUUCAAACGCAAAUAUCCAGAGUUAACCAGACGUCCAGUAGAAAUGCACGAGCGUGACUUCCUGAAAGAGCGAGGAAUUGUGACUGAGAUGCAAUGUGACCUUGGACUCACUGCCAUCAAACUAGAUGACGUCUGUGACCUCAUGCAUAAAGACUACCCAGAAAAAUAUAGUGAAUUUGCAAUGAUUCUGGCUGACAGGGAGAAGAGACGUGUUCAGGAGAAACAGAAAGAAUAUAAGAUGGCACGAUUAGACAAAAACAAGAUGGAGUCAUACAUGAAGAAAGCAGUGAAAUCGGCAGCAGACUUUAAUGCAAGGUUGAUGAGGGAGAGAAGAGAGGAAAGGAGGGCUUACUUUGAUUUACAGACUCAGUGUAUACAGUGGUCGACAGGAAAGGUCAAGCGUGCUCCUCCAGAGUUCACCAAAGUAGGUGCUUACCCAGUGGCCUUGCUGCAAGGACAAUAUACAGAUGAAUAUCGCAAGUACACCCCAGAUGAACUGAAAUAUUUCCCCAUCAACACAAGUACAUAUGGGGCACCCAAGAGGCUGGACAAUGUGUUCACAGAGGGAGAAGGCAUCAUGUCGGACACUGAGAGUCAGACAUCGGAGACAAAGGCCACCUUCAAUAGGAUAGAGGAAAUAAUAAGACAGGUGCAGAGGGACCCUGAUGGUGCACAGUUCUCAACCGGGAGUACUGACAGUGAGAAUGAAGGCUCAUCUAGCGAUAGUAGCUCAGAUAGUGAGAGUGACUCAGCUAUGGAUUCAGCAAAUGAGGGACUUAGUGGCCACAAAAAGAUGAAAAUGAAGAUGUAUGAUAAGUGCCAGAUAUGUGACAGCAUUGAUAACAGGAAUAACCACGUAGAGGAGGUCGUCACUUGUGCCGAGUGCAAUAAAAUUGCCCAUCCAACAUGUUUUGAUGUGACAGAAGAGAUGAUUCCAAUCAUCAAGACCUACCCAUGGCAAUGUAUGGAGUGUAAAACAUGUGUAGAGUGUAUGGACCCCUAUGAUGAAGACAAGAUGAUGUUCUGUGACCAUUGUGAUAGAGGCUACCAUACAUUCUGUGUGGGACUAAGGAAUAUACCAUCAGGAAGGUGGGAGUGUGCAAGCUGCACCCCUGGGGGACCUCCUAAGCCUAAGAAAGUCAAGCGAUGAUAUUGUAUUGCCAUGGAGACAGUCCAACCCUUCAGUCCAACAGCUUGUGACAUGAAGCAAAAUAUAACAAUAGGCAGCUUCUGACACAUGAAAAAAUCUCUCAAGUAUGACCAGGCAGAGACAUUAAACAAGGACAUUUCCUCCUGUUUGUAGAAGUAGGAAGAUACUUUGUUCAUGCCUGUGAUACUCCGCUCAUAUUUCAUAUGAUCUGAGGUUGUUCAUUAAUUUUCACACAUCAGAUGUUAUUAUCCCUCAUCAUUCAAUUCAACUUGCAAUCUAUUUUUACUGAAUACAAAAUCAUAUUCAUGUUUUUAUAAUCAUAUCAUUGUAAAUUCAUUUAUUCCACACCCUGGAUUCCACAGUUUAAUGAGUAUGAAUGAAUGAGUAUCUAGUACAGUUAUUAUAAGCUUUAUAAAUGUAUAAGGGUGACUGUAUUAUAUAUAUCUCAUACACUACUAUAUUUGUACAAUUAAGUUUACAUUUAGUAUGUUAGAGAAUAAUUGGGCAUGAUGUAUUAGAAAAAUAUAUAUAAUGUUGUAAAACCAUAUUAAAUGUAUUUGCUUUCAUAGUUCCUGAAUCCUGAUCUUUAUGAAGCUGAUUGGUUCAGCUGAGCAUACAUUACAAAAUAUCAGGCACAUCAGGUCAAAUUAAUUAGGUCAUAUAAUAUGUCAUAAAGUCAAGGUAAAUCAUUAUCCUUUCAUUAUAUCAAAGCUUACCAAGUUAAUCAUGUCAGGUGAAAUUCUAUUAUUCAAAUACCAGCAUAUCUAAUUUUAUUGUAACUAUGUAUUAUAGACUUGCUUUGAACUGGUGUAUUUGAGGCUUGGUAACAUGGUAAAGUUAUUCUUCCUUUAGUUUUUCCACUUUGUUAUGUGGACAGCUGAGGUAGUGAAUUGGGAAUAGGACUCCAUCCCCAUUCUCAUAGGAACCAUCUCUGUCCACACUUGGUUCAAAUAGUCCACAGCUUAUAUUCAAGACGGCUGCUAGAAGGUAUGCUCCGAUAUUAAGACCCCAUAGCACAGACACAUCAUUUCCUUGCACGAUGUAAAUAUUAAAUACCUCCCAUAGUCCCUUCCAUAGGAAAAUUGACGCAAAUGCACUCAUUGUUACGAAAACAUCCUCUGUGAUUAGCUUGGUUAAAUGUCUCUCCUGUGAGGAGGUAGAAAUAUGGAAGAAUGGAUAUUGUAAUGCGAAGCAGAGUAAUAUUACCAGGUAGCCAUAGUAACAGAUUGUAAAUGCUGCAAGCUUGGGGUCCUCAGGUGAGAUUUGAUUGGCUGCUAGGUUGGAAAUUCCCCGCCAAGUGAUCACUACUAAGGCAUCAACAACAACGAUACUAAAUAUGUGAUCCAGUAAAAAAUUGAAUUUUUGCCGAGUCUGAAAAAAAUUCAACCAAUAAUAAUAAGACUAUUAAAAUCAAAAGAUAGUUGGUGUUGAAAUACAAGAAGUGUUAAUACAAUUUUAAAUCUAAGUAGUGUGUUUACAUAUGAAGAAUGUAACAGCUCAUAAAUAUGGAGGGUCUCCGGCCACUCCAGAGUAUUUUGAUUGGCAAACAAGGCCACAUAACUUUUCUGAAAUGAAGAAACAGAAAAUGUACUCAAGUAUUGGAAAAUGCAUACAAAAACAGUUCAAUAUUCUUACAAAUAUUCUAAAAAAUUGAGUGAUAUGUCUGAAGAAACUAGAUACUCACAGAGCUUCGGAAAUAUCCUUCCACCACGAAAUAAGAUUUUUCUGAGUCUUGUCCACUGCAUACAGGGGGAGCCACUAAGUUACGAGUGCAUCCAAGGAGGAGCAACGGGAUAUAGCCAAUCAGAAUAGAGUAAAUAGCACUCUCGCUACUGGUCCCAUCAUACAUAUCAUAGAUAUUAGUUACUCCACGCGUGAACAAGAUACCAGAACAUGCAGUUAAAUAACCAUAGAGUCGGCUUGCAAUGAGAUAUACUCUGGCAUUGUCUCGAGAUAUUCUAUAUAACAAAGAUUCCUGUGAGACACUUAAAAUGAGCAUACAGGUAGCGCCACCUAUAGUCGAGCUCCAGUUACUGAGAUAGGUGUCAGUAGGGUAGAUGUAGUAAUCAAACAGCGCCGUGGUUACGGUCCAGAACAACAUAUUGAGUCCAGUGAAGACGGUACAGUUGAGCAAUACAUCUAUCCCAUAGAGCAGAUUGUUAUUAGUUCUAUAUCUGGUCUUUGGCAGGGUGAGGACAUCAGCAUUAGAUCCCAACCCAUCCUCCUUCUUAAUGUUGGAAUUAACAUCCAUUUUUCUGCAACUUAAUUACUUUGGAAUAUCUGAAAGUAUUGAAAUGUACAAAUGUAUCUCUUAAUCUCUAAAUACUAGUAUUUAAGUAUUUUCAGGAGAAGCAUUAA